UUGGCUGUGCUGACACCCAGAGAAAGUAACAGCAUACAUAAUGACAGAACGGUAUACUUUGCUUAACCAAGGAGAGGAUAACGAAAUGGAGGUGUUUGGAUACAAAACUGUCAGAUGGCGACAAGCUCUCUGUAUAAUUGGCUAUAUUUUUUCUCUUGGGUUUCUUCGAGUCCUCUUUUACUGGAAACCAGAGCUGGACGUCUGGUGUCAGUGUAUUCCAUGCACUUUGUCAAAGGCUGAUGUUAUAUUACUUAGAACCACUGAUGAUCGAAGGGAAUUUUCCAAAAAGAAGGUGAUAGAGAUCAGGCGUUGCACUCAUGGAUCCAAAUCUGACCAUCAGAUUGUUACUAGGAAAAAUUCCAUCAUAGACAAAUCAUUAAUGAAACCAAUGGGCAGGAUCCGCUAUAUGGAAGUACAGAAAAUCCGUUAUGUCUGGAAUACAUUUGAAGGAAAGUUUCAGAAAAUUGGUGUUCUGGAGGAGGAGCUGUCAUGCUCAGACAUACACUCCAAAUUUGGUUCUGGUCUAACUGCGGAAGAGCAGGACAUCAGGCAACAGGUCUGUGGUCCUAAUUCAAUAGAAGUGGAAAUUAAACCUAUCUGGAUUAUAUUCAUGAAAGAGAUCUUCAACCCAUUUUAUGUAUUUCAAGUCUACUCUUUAGCUAUAUGGAUGUCGUUCGGCUAUUUUGAAUACAGCGGUAUCAUAUUAGCCAUGACUAUUUUAUCCAUAAUUGCAACUGUAUAUAAUCUGAGAGUGCAAUCUAUCAAACUACACAAAAUGUCUAUUUCAUAUAACAGCAUCAUGGUGACGGUACUUCGUAAAAAUGGAGAGCUUAAAGAAGUAGAAUCUCAGUCUCUGGUCCCAGGGGAUGUGAUUAUACUGUCCGAAAACAAACGCUUCUUACCCUGUGAUGCCAUAUUAAUAAAUGGAGGAUGCACAGUUAAUGAAGGAAUGCUUACAGGUGAAAGUACUCCAGUCACAAAAGUCCCUUUGCCUCUCAUUGAAAGCCCUAUGCCAUGGAAAAUCCAGUGUGGAGAAGACUACAAGAGACAUGUUCUGUUUUGUGGAACAGAGCUCAUUCAGACAAAGGCACAUGGGCAUGAUCUAGUCAAAGCUGUUGUGCUACAAACAGGAUUUAACACCACAAAAGGAGAGCUUGUGAGAGCUAUUCUGUAUAACAAACCCAUGAAUGUAAAGUUGCACAGGGAGGCCAUGAAGUUUCUUCUUGUGCUUGUGUUCAUUGCUUUAUUGGGAGUUGCUUACACUGCUGCUGUCUACAAAAAACAUGGGGCCAGUGUACAUGAGAUAGUGCUGAUGUCCUUUCUAAUGCUAACAGUCGCUGUAAAUGCCACUCUACCUGCUUCUCUGACGCUGGGUCUUCUCUAUGGUCAGACAAGACUGAAGAAACUGGGAAUAUUCUGCAUUAGCCCCCAGAGGAUCAUUUUAGCUGGUCAACUGAACCUUGUCUGUUUUGAUAAAACAGGUACAUUGACAGAAGAUUCUUUAGAUUUACAUGGUGUUCUUCCUUCUAAUGGAACCAGCUUUCAGCAAAUACAUCUCUUUUCAUCUGGAAAUUCAAUGCCUUGGAGCCCUCUUCUAGGAGCUAUGGCCAGCUGCCACUCUCUCAUUAUGGUGGAUGGUAAAAUGCAAGGAGACCCACUGGACUUGAAGAUGUUUGAAGGAACAGGCUGGGAGUUUGAAAGUCAUGCAGCCCACAGAACCCAGGAUGGAGAAUCUAUUUCAUGUACAAUGGUGAAACCUGGAUCCAGUGCUGGGGAGAUCCCAGUGGAAGGCAUUGCCAGUCUGCAUCAGUUUCCCUUUUCCUCUGCCCUUCAGCGCAUGUCAGUUAUUACACAAAUUACUGGAGAGACGGACCUCACAGUGUUUAUGAAGGGGGCUCCUGAGAUGGUUACUAGGUUCUGCAAGCCAGAAACAGUGCCACACAAUAUCUCUAAUAAACUUGACUACUAUACAACUCAAGGAUUCCGAGUCUUAGGACUAGCAUAUCGAUUAUUACAGAAGGAAGGCCUACCAGCCAUAGAACACUUGGAACGGGGUUUUAUAGAGACAGAUCUCAUAUUUCUUGGAUUACUGAUACUGGAAAAUCGUCUUAAGCCAGAAACAAAAUCAGUUCUUCAGGAGCUCAGAACAGCCAAGAUACGGAAUGUGAUGGUCACAGGGGAUAAUCUGCAAACAGCUCUUAAUAUUGGGAUACAUUGUGGCAUGAUUCCCAAAUCAAGCAAAAUUAUCAUAAUUGAAGCCAGUGAACCCCAGAAAGAUGUUCCUGCAUCAAUGACGUGGAAAACUAUCACAGAAAAUCAAGAAAAUGGACACAAAGAGAGUUUUCAGGGUGUUCACACUGUUAUGAAUGACGGAUGGAAGCCUAACACAUCUCAGCCAGAAGAGUUUCACUUUGCAAUAGAUGGGAAAUCUUUUCAGAUUUUGCUGCAUCAUUUCUACAACAUGGUUCCUAAGGUUCUUUUAAAUGGGACAAUAUUCGCAAGAAUGACUCCAAAGCAAAAAUCAAGCCUUGUUGAGGAAUUUCGAAAGCUAGAGUACCAUGUUGGAAUGUGCGGAGAUGGAGCAAAUGACUGUGGGGCACUUAAAGUGGCCAAUGUCGGAGUUUCAUUAUCUGAGUUAGAGGCAUCAGUUGCAUCCCCUUUUACUUCAAAAAUCCCAAAUAUUGAAUGUGUGCCUAUGCUAAUCAAGGAAGGACGAAAUACUCUUGUCUCUUCUUUCUCCAUGUUUAAAUUUUUAUCGGUGCUUACUAUGAUUGCACUAACUUCACUGGCAAUUUUGUUUUGGAAAAAUACAUUUCUAAGCAAUGCUCAGUAUCUUAUGCAAGAUGGUGCUAUCGUCAUCCCUGUUUGUUUAACAGCAAGCUUAAACGGUCCUGCCCCAAAGUUAGCUCCAUACAGGCCCCCUGGACAACUUCUGUCUCCGUCUUUAUUGCUCUCUGUUUUUUUGCACUUCUUACUUACCCUCGGAUUGCAGACUACGGCGUUUGUUCUGCUUCAGGCACAACCAUGGUAUAAUGAAAGUGAUGUUUUCAGUGCAUGUCUUCCAUUAAAUCACAACGCAGAAAACAUCACUGCAAGAGUGCCUACUAUGACUGAGACGUAUGUAGCCACUACGACUUGGUUUGUAACUGGAAUGAACCUUAUUAUCAUAGAAUUUGUGUUUUCUAAAGGAAGACCAUUUAGACAACGCCUGUAUACUAACUACUUACUCAUCAUUACAAUUAUCCUGCAAGUAGCAGCCUUUUUAUUUUUCCUGUUUGCUGACAUUGAGCUGAUUUACACUACCUUUGAGGUAGUUUGCAUUCCAUUUUAUUGGCGAGCCUACAUUCUUGUCAUGGUUCUGGUACAUUUUCUUUUGUCUUAUGCUAUAGAGGAAGGAAUCCUUGAAAACAGAAACCUCUGGCUGCUGAUAAAGAGACUAUGCAACUACCAAUCAAAAAGUCAAUACAGGAAACUGCAAAGAAGAUUAAAGAUGGACACCGAGUGGCCUCCACAGAAUAGAACAGAUUUUGCAAUCAAGUCAGUUUCUGUCGUGGACAGCAAAAUCGUUGUUUUAAAAAAUGCCUCUUACCAACCACCUACUGAGAGUAGCAGAGAAUCUCUUGGUCAGCAGAAACUAAUAUGAAUUUAGGAAAAACGAGUUUAGAGCGGGAAUUCACAAAGCUGGAGUAAAUUUUGCCCAUAGCAAUCAGAAAGUUACUUUUAUUAUUUUUGUUGCACAGACUGGGCUCAUUGUUGAUUGGCUGCUUUGGGUUUAAAUACAGGGAUAAUUUUACUCCAACUUUGUAUAUGCACCCCUUGAAAUGGAUACGCUGUUCAUGCAAGAUGGUGACUACGUACAGUAGUUACAUCCAGUCUAGAGUGGGGUGCAGUUUAGGUUUUCCACCUGAAAAUUUGUGUAAGGUGGAGGACAAAACCAUAUAUACAUUUGUACAACACUGUGAAUUUUCCCUUUCCAACAAGCUGUGAGUGUUGAAAAUGACCUUUUUUAUACUUUUCCUUGUAAAAUGGAGGUACUGAUAGCUACUUACACUACUUACAUUAGGACCCAUAUUUUCUUGCAUUUCUUAGAAAGGCAUGGAGAUCAGAGAAUGCAAAAAAAAAUUGUUUUGCACUGUCGUCUUUCAUCUAUUAUAAAUGAAUGUUGAACAAAAACCUAAAUAAUCCUAAAACAACAAAAUAUAAAAAAAAUGGCAAAUGUUCUCAAAAUAUCAUUGUCUACUCUAUAUCAUACUAAAACCUGUUGUUAAGGUGCUGUACCACUUUAAGAUCAUAAUAUGCAGUACUUUUGUGACUUAUAAAAGGAACUCCUCUGAGACGUUAAUAGCCUAAUAAAUUACAA